CAUACAUUGACAUUAUUUUGUGAUCAGGCCUGUUGAACCGUGGGCAGGCCGAUGAUAAUCACUUUUAAGUAUUGACUAUGGUAGUUCUAAUCAGUUCCCUGGUAUAAUCUUUGACACCCGGAAGCAUGACACGCUUGGAAACUAGUUUGGAAACUAGAGCAACAUUCGAUCGGAGUCGCCAGAAUUAUUUUGCACCCAUUAUGACAGGAUUUCCCCUUGGAAAUACAUGUACAUGUACGUCUGUGUGUAGCGUGUGGCAUACAGAAGGUUGUUACGUAAUCAAGAACUUUCUUAUUACUCCCACCAUAUCGCGAGUAAAUGUUGAACUCGGAGUGUCGGCCCUGUCUGCGAAGAAUUCAAGGAAAUAAUAUGGUUUGUUAAAGCUCGCUGCAUCGAUGUCAUACAUGCCUUCGAUGAGGUACAAGAGUUCACUAUUUGUGAUGUCGUUCUGGAGCAUAUAGAUGGAACUUAACUCUCUCAACUUGGAGUUUAAUCAACGUCGUGGAUUGUGAAAGAUUGUUCUUGAAUAUUGCUGCACCAAGAUUGUUGUGUUGGUAAUAGAUUGGCCAGCUUUAAACGGUGACGACGUGGGUGCAUGCAUAAAGAAAUACUAAUAGGCCUACACGCUCAUCGAAAGACUUUUUGUUAUUGUUUCGAGAUUGCUGCAUCCCCCCCCCCCACCAAAAAAAAUAAUGAUAAUAAUAAUAAAUAAAUAGGCUCACCCGAGGUAAAGGUUUUGUUACAAAUCUUUGCUUGCUGGACAAUCGGAUAUCAUUCUUCAUUUAGUCGACUGUAUACCGUCGUGACUAAACUCAACCAAGAUGUUUUACGGAAUAACCAUCUUUGUUCUGAAUUUCAUACAAAUCGUAUCUAGCCAGCCAUCGGCCGACCAAUGGCAUAUUUUUGAAGAUGCCCUAUAUCUUGUGGAUAACGACACACGAUUAAAUUAUGACCAGGCACAGUCGUACUGCCAAGAACUCGGAGGCAAUCUCGCCCGGAUAGAUUCCGAUGAGAUACAGUCUUUCUUGACAGAUAUCGUUAGUCCAGGUUUCGUACCAACACGAUGUUUCUUUAUUGGUGCUAACGACAUAGAAGACGAAGAUGAAUUUAAGUGGCAAGACGGGACCCAAGUCCGAUAUGAUGGAUGGUCACCUGGGCAGCCUGACGACACAGAAGGGAACCGAGAUUGCGCCUGUCUAUGGUCCUCCAAAAAUCCCAGUAGACAUGGGCAAUGGGAUGACACCAACUGCUUUAAUCGUAUGAACUUCAUAUGUCAGAAGAGACUGUAUAAUUUUACACUGACGAGUUCUCGGAGCAAUCCAGGAUCGGGCUAUGUUACCUGCGCUGUCGACAUCGUAGACGACAACGAAAUCCUGCCACCCGAUGAUAUCAGAUUGUCAGUUGGAAAAACUUUGGCAUCGACGAGAUCGAUUCCUUACUCAUCGACGCGCGUCAUUGGUCAAUUUCGUGACAGUACGUUUGAAAUAGACAAUCUCGAAGAAGACGACAUGAUAUUCUGUCAUGUUGGGGACUUGUCAAGGAACACGACAUCAUUCUCAAGAAUUCAAUUUCUUCCGAUUAAUUUUUAUGCUCUACCCGGACUGACGUUCUCUCCAGCUGUGGACGACAUCGGUUCAACCUCCCUCACUGUCACCUGGAGCUCCUGGAUACCAUGUCUUGAUACCGGUGAAGGGCCAGUGGUCAGUUACCUGGUCUACGUACAAACAACGGGUAAAGAAUUGAUAAAUGCUGGUGAGGUCGACUCGGAUGAGGGAGAGGGCGCACUUCAUGGAACAAUGGAGCUCGCUUUGACUGAAUUGGAACCAGGAACUGAAUACAAUAUCAGUGUUUCUGCUGUCAGAGAAGGUGUUGGUGGAGAGGGACCGAGGAGUCCAUUUGUGUCUGUUACGACGAGCAUUGUAAGCGCACGUCGUUCUGCGAUAUUAGAAAACGGGAUUCUGCCGUGGAUAUUCUUUGGAGUGUCAUUAGCGGGAAAUGUAUUACUAUUGGUCGUCAUCAUUAAAUUAUGGAGACGAAAGAAGGAACCUUUCCAAACAAGAAGUCUUAAAGGUGUACGUACCACUCCAUCAGGCAGUGUGCCCAACGAUGACCAAUAUGAGGUCCCCCGGGCCCGAGGGGACGGCGAGGAUCACCUGUAUGAAGGGCUUCGGAGAAAAAGCAGUAAAUACAGCGAGGCAGAGGGUUACAUAAGCAUGGACGGUCCAGACAGAGUCGAGUAUGUUAAUACGAUCAUGUGACAUUAAGGUGCUCUUAUAUGUACCUUUCAACGCAGUACUUGAUUGCAUUUGAGCAAGGAGAAGCUCCUUGAUUUGAGCAAGGAGGCGGGGCUGUUUUGAGGAACAAGUUAACUGAAAGAAUGCAUUACAAUAUCAAACUUCAUUUUGUCAAUGACCCAACCAAUUUCUUUUGCGAAUUCAUUUAUAUUGUAUUCUUAUGAGUUCACUUUUAGUUGGAAGUAGGCCUAGAUUGUGACGAAGGCUAAUCCAGGCAGCGGUAGUCCAAGUUGUGGUGCUUUCCAGUGGAUACUGGAUAAGUGUCCGGAUUGCCAUUCACGAAUUCAGGGCUUAUAAUACGAUUCGGCUUUUUGUUUAGGAUACGAACUACAAACGAACAUGACAAACACGACACGCGAUAAUUAUAUCCAAGUUGUUUAGUUUAAUUAUUAUUAUUAUUAUUAUUAUUAUUAUUAUUAUUAUUAUUUGUUUGGCGUCACCUGUGCCUGGGAGGCGAAAAGCGAACUGAAUCACUAUGACCCGCAGGCAGGGGCGUCGAUCCGUUUUUCAGAUUGGGGGGGCAAAAUCAUAAAUCAACGUUCCAAAGGCGUUCGAUCACACAAAAUGAACAAACCACCCCCCACACACAUAGGCCUAUAUAUAUAUAUAUAUAGGCCUACAUAUAUAUAUAUAUAUAUAUACAAUGCGUCCCAGAAAAAACGAAACCGAGAUUUAGCGAUGAUUUAUCAUAACUUAAUCACAAAUAAAAUAGACAAAUGACCUACUAAUGUAAAGCUUAGAAUCUCCUCUUUCAUCUGAUAUUACUUAGAUUAUUCCUCAUUCACGCAUGAGUGAGCAAAAACAAUUUGAAGGAAGGAUACCAAAAACUCAUUUGGCGGGGGGUAUCUGAAUUUCAAAAAGAAAAUCACAUGUCUUAAAAGUUUAAUAUCUGCUCUUUAAUUUGAUACCUCAAUUACAGAAAAUGGUCAAGAAAUAACAAAGUUCUGCUUAUUUGAAAUAAGGCUUGAAUUUCCAUAAUUUCAUUAAAUAAACUGUUUUCACCGGUUUCCAACAGAAGCUAUCGCAUGGUUAACAAAAGACUUAAUGCAUGGCUAAUCGUAAACAAAACGGAGUGUCGAGUGAGUUUGAACGCUAGCAUGUAAAACCUCUUCAUUUUAUGAAAUUAUUGAAAUUCAAGCCUUAUUUCAAAUAACCAGAACUUUGUUAUUUCUUGACCAUUUUCUGUAAUUGAGGUAUCAAAUUAAAGAGCAGAUAUUGAACUUUUUAAAAACGUGGUUUUCUUUUUGAAAGCCAGAUACAACCCGCCAAAUGACUUUUUGGUAUCCCCUCUUCAAAUUGUUUUUGCUCACUCAUGCGUGAAUGAGAAAUAAUCUAAGUAAUAUCAGAUGAAAGAGGAGAUUCUAAGCUUUACAUUGGUAGGUCAUGUGUCUCUUUUAUUUGUGAUUAAGUUAUGAUAAAUCAUCGCUAAAUCUCGGUUUCGUUUUUUCUGGGACGCACUGUAUAUAUAUGUACAUGAUUAAUGAGAAAGAGACACAUAUCUCACCAACAAAUUAAUAUGCGAGCGCGAAGCGCGAGCUGAAUUUUUUUAGUAUACUGACCUGGAAACGGGAAAAAGGUACCUGUUUAGGACUUUUUGUAGUAACUCAUGAGGACGACAUGUAUCCCACUAACAGAUAAUGAGAGUGCCGAGAGCGAGCUGAAAUUUAUUUAUAUUCUGACCUGAAAGCUUGAUAUUCUAAGCGUUUUGAGUACCAAUAAUUAAGAUGGGUAUUUAAAUGAACAAUAGAUGCGAAGCGCGAGCUGAAAAUUUUGACAUUUCUAACUGAAAAAAUGACAGUUUAAUGGACGUUUUUAAUAAAGAACAAGAUAUAUAUCCAACAAAAGAUUGUUGCAAAUCGAAGCAGGAGUUCUUUUGAGGUUAAGAACUGAAAAGGGGACAAUUUCACCUAUUUAAUAACGAAAAGUAUGGGUUUUUGCUACAAAAAUGAUGCGAGCGCGAAGCGCGAGCUGAAAAUUUUUAUAUUCCAAUUUGAAAAGCAGACAUUUUGAGCACGAUUUUAGAUAAAGAACGAGUUGCGUAUUUCAAUCUCGCUUGCUGAUUUCUGUGUAACAUUAUAAUCUCAUUAUUUUAUUUUUGCACAUGCGGAAUUAUUGGGGGGGCAAAACGAUAUGUUUGCCCCCCCCCCAAUAUUUUCAUUGGUGGGGCGAUCGCCCCCUCUGCCCCCCCAGGAUCGACGCCUCUGGCCACAGGUCUCUCCUCCCGAUAUAACUGAUUGGGGGGAAUGCAGGUGGACCACUACACCAGUAAUCGCAGUAAUACAGAAUUAUCAGGGAAUUUGCAGUAAACCAUUGGUUACCAUCUUUUACAAUGAAACUUUAAUAGGAUAAUUCAAAAGAUAUGGAGUCUUUGGCUGGGCUCUAACCUUGCAUGACUAAUUUUUUUAUCAAAUGAAAAUGGGCUUCUUUAUAAUCAUAUAAUAAUAGCAGGGCCCGCUGGGAGAACAGUUUUCGGAACUGAAGUGGCUACCCUAGGUAAAUAUACCGUUAUCAUUAGUAAGAUUCAGCUCUUGCUAUUUGUUUCGCAUUUUCCCAAUUUCCCUUCCAUGGUGCCAAGCCUGUGUAGACUAUGAAGAAAAUAUUUCAAUAACGUUUUCAGCGAGAUAUCAUUAACUAGUUCAUCAGGACCCAUCGCAGCUUGACUAGUUGGAUAAUUUUUGAAAGUUCAAGUCCACUCCAAUAAAAUGUCUAGCUCAAUAAAUAGAGAACUGUCAAACAAACACGGCAAUGAACAUUACUUUCAAAUCGGAUGUAAUAAUAUAAAACAGUUUUUAAAGUUUAUAUUUUCGCAAAAUUUGCACAACAGUGCUUUUUGCAUCGUAGGCAAUGCACUUAUGAGGAUGGGGGCAAUAAUGUUAAAAUACUCGCUGUUUUUUUUUUUGUAUUUCGUUGUUUGAAAUAUUCACAUUUUCCUCAAAGUUAAUUCCUUAUGGAAAAUUUUACGUCAUCAUUAUUCAGCCAUUGUUAUGUUUAAUUCAGGGAUUCAUUCACGAAGGUUUGUACUGACUUUUGAUCUUUAGGAUUAUUGUACAUGGUAAUAAAAUAAUAGAUCAAUGGAAACAGAGAGAGGCCAGAGAAUCAAUCGCUGUUAUGAUUAUGAAAAUUGUUUCUUACAGCUUGGUAUCGUAUUUUCUUUUGUUGUUGUUGUUGUUACUGUAUUCACACCAUAUCUAUUUAUCAUUAAUCAUUGAUUCCUAUCUUAUUUAGAAGAUCUAAUGUUAAUUUUGUAACAUAAAAUCUUUGCAUCAUAAUAAAAACAUAAGUGCGUUAACAUCGCACCAACGAACAAUAAUAAAUAGUAAUAAUCAUUGCUUUAUCAUCCUAUAGUCAUCUUAAAUUUGAGCAUGCAUUGAUAUUCAUACUUUUACAUAUUGAUACGUUGUAUUUGUUAAUAUUUUGGAAAUAAAAACAGACAUGCAAAACGUU